CCCACAUGGGUACUACGGAUAGUGGUGGCCAAACUACUUACAGAGGAAGAAGCAGGAAUAAGAGGAGUGGUUUUAGACACAAAUCCCGAGGGUUCAGACCAGGGUACGGAUCCAGCAGUGGUAACAGUUCAGGGUACGGCAGUUCUGGCUCUGGUUCAGGAUCCUCUUUGGCACCUUGUGCACAGUGUGGAAGAGGACAUUCAGGACCUUGUUUGAUGGGUUCAGGAGUAUGCUUCAGGUGUGGCCAACCAGGUCACUUUGCUAGGGAAUGCCCCGUGUUCAGCGAGCCACAGAUGGGGUCACAGGGUUCUGUUGCAAAUGUUCCUCGCCAGUUGUAUCCGGGUACUUCCAACAUGGCAGGCAGUCAGUUCAGUGGCCAACAGGGCCGAGGACAAGGGGGACGUGGAUUUGGAGGCAGAUCAGGAGGUAGAAGUCAGUAUCAGGGUUCUGCCACUCAGGGUAGGGGUCAAGCUCGAGUUUUCACCCUGACCCACCAGGAUGCUCAAGCUUCAAAUGCAGUUGUGGCAGGUAUCCUCGAUUCGCGGAAAUUCGACAGUUGACCGGGUCUGCAAAUUUCGGGCCAGACAGACCCGUUACCGGAAAAGUCUCCGAAUUGGACCGAGGUUUUGGCUAGCCACCAUUGUCAGACGUCCCGAGCGCGUUCCAGAAGUCGGAAUCGGCAAAGGUGAGCCGGGACAGCCUUCUUCCUCCGCCCAGCCGCCACAGUAAUUUGUCGUCAAGUUUGCCACAGGAGGAUAUUUUAUUAUGGGUUAACCUGCUUUUCUACCUCGCAGGUUGUUUAUCAAUAUUGUGUAAUUUUAAUUACUCCUAGAAUUUCCGCAUGUGUUAGCAGUAAUUAUUUGAAUUUGGUCUGUAAUAUUAUUAUCAUG